AUGGCGUCAGUUAAAAAGAAAAGUGAGUUCGAACCCGACUGGGCGGACGAGAAUGAGGAGCGGGUUGACCGUAAGCCAACGGCGAGCACGUUUGGUGCCAGAAAAGACCCUCAUUGGUGGGACAUUUCUACAUUUAACAAGGAGGACAACCCGGGCGGUACAAUGACUGUCAGUACAACGCGCAAGACGUGGGAUCCUUAUAUAUUAAUCAAAGCGCGCGACGUUUUGAAGCUCAUGUCACGUAGUGUCCCGUAUGAACAUGCUAUUCGUGUUUUGGAAGACGAAGUAUUCUGUGAAAUAAUAAAAAUAUCGUCCAUGUGUCCAAAUAAGGAACGAUUUGUCAAACGACGAGCUCGCUUAGUUGGUAAUAACGGUGCUACCCUUAAAGCUAUGGAAUUACUUACACAGUGUUAUGUUUGCAUUCAAGGCGGCACAGUGUGUGCAAUCGGACCGUUAGCAGGCCUGAAGCAAGUGAGUGCUAUAGUGACGGAUUGUAUGAACAACAUUCAUCCCAUAUACAAUAUAAAGACUCUGAUGAUAAAACGUGAACUUAUGAAAAACGAAAAGUUGAAAGAUGAGAACUGGGAACGAUUUUUACCUAAUUUCAAGAAGAAGAUACAAUCUUCAUCCUCCACAAACGAAGCUAAGAAGAAAAAGAAACGGGCUUGGAAGAAGAAGGGUGAAUACACUCCAUUCCCUCCUGCACCUACUCUUAGCAAGAUUGACAAGCAGAAAAAGAUAGAAGUUGCUGCCAUGAAGUCUGAGGAUCGCAAAAAGGAGAAGUUGAAAAAGUUCCAACCUCCUGUAGAAAAG